UGGAUAUUUUUUUAUUACUUUCAGCGGCACUUGGAGAAGGGCGGGGCGCUACUGGAGGAGGCAGCGUCGGCAGGAGACACAGAGGCCAGUGUGAAGGAGCUGGCCAGGGCCCUCCACCUCCACCUGACACAGUUCACUGACCGCCUCCACCACACCAGAGACCGCCUCCAGGAUACUGCCACCUGCUACCACCUCCUGGAUAAAGCCUACGAAUGGGCGCUGGAAGCGAUGAAGGUGGUGGGUCGGGUGAAGGGGGAGGGUCUGGCCUCACCUGAGCAGGUGGGGGCGGCCGCCCGCGCCCUCACCGCCCACCUGGAGGAACACCCGCCCAUACCUGAAGACAACUUCACUGCCAUGACCACCCUGGCUACCAGACUCAACAACCACACCCUCCUGCAACAGUGCAAGAUGGCUCAGGUUCGAUGUCAAGAAACACACGAACUUCUGCGUAACCGCCAAGCGGCACUCCACAAAGCAAAGCGGCAGAUGGAAUUUGAUUGUCAGAGCUUUGUGGACUUGGGCGAGGUGUUUGGAGGGGGUGAAGAGAUGUCUCCCUUAGCUUGGCUAGCAUGUUCACCUCUGAAUGUGUCGGGUCGGCGACGGUCAGUGUCAUCGGUCGGGUCACGUCCACGAGAGGCACUGUCAAGGUGUCCCUCGCUCGAUACUGACGAUGAUUCUGUCUUUCUCGACCCACCGCCCCCCCCACCGCCUGCCAAAACCCCGCUGGAACCUCGCACUAGCCUGGGUGGCAUCAAGGAGGUUCGGGAGAGUGCUGAAGACCUGCAGCAGCCUUCACCGCUGCCAUCCCCAACCACUGCCAAGUUAACCUCCACUGCUUCAGGUAUCACAACCUCAUCGUCUGGCUCCAGUGGCACCUGUGGCAGCAGUUCUUGCUCCUCUAGUGAGAGCUCUGGGCCCGUCUCUGUCAACAAAAAAUUCAUGAAAAGAGCCAAUACUUGGCAGUAUGGUCUUAUACCCAAAGAGCACACUGAUGAAAGUUCAGGGAUGGAUGACGGUGUACCACUUUCACCAACAAGCCACAAGAGCAUCCCUCCAUCCUCUGCUGUCAAUUCUCAUCUACUAAUCCGUGGGUCACAGCUCAACUUAUCUAUCAACACUGACGACCUGUCACAGGAGGAAGUGAAAAAGAGCAAGACUCUUUUGCUGAUCAUGAGGGAACUGAUUCAAACAGAGAGAGAUUACGUUAAUUCCCUUGAAUAUAUUAUUGAGAAUUACAUCCCUGAGUUGAUGAGAGAAGACAUACCACAAGCUCUCAGGGGCCAACGUAACGUUGUCUUUGGCAAUAUUGAAAAAAUAUAUGAAUUUCACUCCGGAUAUUUUCUACAUGCCCUUGAAGCUUGCGAGAUGCGACCUUUUGCAGUGGGCUCGAUAUUUCUGAGAUAUGAGAGUCAGUUUUACCUGUAUGCUCUCUACAACAAGAACAAGCCAAAGUCAGAUUCACUAAUGUCAGAGUACGGGUCUGCGUUCUUUCGGAAGAAACAGCUGGAGCUGGAGGACAGGAUGGACCUUGCCUCGUACUUGUUAAAACCUGUACAACGUAUGGGAAAGUAUGCUCUAAUUCUUAAACAGUUGCUGAAGGAAUGUGGCCGCGGAGAGGAAAACUAUGAUGAUCUCCUGGGGGCCCAGGAGAUGGUUCAGUUUCAGCUGCGUCAUGGCAAUGACCUCCUUGCUAUGGACUCCUUGAGGGAUUGUGAUGUGAACCUGAAGGAACAAGGUAGAUUGUUGAGGCAAGGAGAGUUUGUGGUGUGGGAAGGCAGCAGAGCCAAGAAGUCAGUCAGACACGUCUUCUUGUUUGAAGAUCUCAUUCUCUUUAGCAAGGCAAGACGAGACCCCGAGAAGAAGACACUGGAUAUAUUUCAGUAUAAACAUAGUAUGAAAAUGACUGACAUUGGCUUGACAGAACAAGUCAGUGUUAGCACAACUAAAUUUGAAAUUUGGUUCCGCAAGAGGAAGCCAUCGGACACUUACCUUCUUCAAGCUGCCAAUGCUGAGAUGAAAGAAGCUUGGACAGAGGAAAUAUCCAAAUUACUGUGGCGCCAGGCACUCCGUAAUAGAACAAUGAGGCUGCACGAGAUGUCAUCUAUGGGCAUAGGUAACAAGCCAUGUUUGGAUAUACGACCAAGUGAAGAUCAGAUCAGUGACAGAUCUAUCAGCAUCAAUCAGUUGAAUAAAGCACCUCGUCUUCGAACUGGUUCAACCUCCACUGUUGGCGACUUAAAUGGUGGCGUGGGGAAGAGACCACACUCCAUAAUUUCAGUUAGUUCCUCCUCAGCUUCCUCAUCCGCCUCAUCUGCAUCUUCAACGCAUUCGUCAGCUGUUUGUCCAACAUACGUUGGGGCUCUCAACCUGGGGUUUGAGGCCGGAGAUUCCCCCCGAGCCCUCCAUCGCUCUGUGACGCGUACCAGCCAGUGUUCCGCAGAGAGUGGGAUUCUUGCUGACAUGUACUCAGGUGGUGAUGAUGAUUCUCAGUCUCAUCGGAGGGUUGAGAGGUCCAAUUCCACCGUGACUACCGUCUCUGUUGAUUCUGCACUUUCUCCAGCUUCGUCUGUUUCACCUACUUCACCGGUCUCUCCUGUCUCACCUCUUGCACCUUCCCUCAUCGCAGUGCCACCUACAAGAGCCACAGAUGUUAUCUAUGAAGCACCAUCUGUCACACCCACUUCAAAGGACUCUUCGGCAAAAACACUGCUCACUACUGAGGUUUAGUGAGAGGAACCUGCAGCCUUACUGAGAGGCCAUGCUGACUAAGUCGUUAGGAUUACUCUGUAUUUAUUGAUAGCUCAUAUGUACAAAGAAUAUAGCUGUUAUUAUAUUAAUGAUAUCUUGUAAAUAGCUUUGCAACAAUACCAUGUUAAAAAUAUUUUAAGCACCAGAAUGUCAUCGCAAGACCCACCAAUGCUUGAUUUGCUAAAAUCUGUUUUAUGUAUGUAGAGUAGUGAUGCCAAAUAACCUUAUUCCCAUAUAACCCUGACAUGAACACUUCUUUUGAUGGCUUUCUUCACAAAAAUCAUGAUGAAUGAUCCAAAUGGGUGUAGCACUUUCCAUGAGUAUGACACGUCACACGUCGUGUGGUACCUGUAAUGACAUUGGGACAUGUUUUGACAUAAAAAUUAUAUUUUAUUUUUCCUGACUUUGGUCUGAAGUCUAGCAUUUCUGUCUUCCAUGUAGCACCAUGUAGUAUGAUAUAGUUACGAGUUUUUGGACUGUUCUUGCGGAAAAGUUACAUAGCACACUGAGACGUCACAAUUCAUCACGUGAAUUGCUGUUGUCGGAAUGUAGUGAAAAAUGGUGCUACACUGCUAGUUUGGACUUCACUGACUUCCUUUUUUUUUCCUGCAUAUGCUUUAACAUUUUUGUUAAGAAAAAAAUUAUAAAAAGCACAUUCAGUGUUUUACAAUCUGAACAAAAGUGAUGUGUAAAGCGUACACUCUCCACUUGCCUGUAACUCUGUCCUCACAUUCUGUAUGCACACUGUAUCUGCCAAAAACAUUACUAUUUUUUUAAAUAAUUUUUCAUAAAUUACAUAUCAGAAGAAUAACAGUCGAGAGGGUGUAAAAAAUAAGCAGUUUAAAGAGGCAAUUCCUGUAAUUAAUUAUAAUGUUUUUGGAAUAGGUUAUGAUUAUACAGACAUAUUUUUUGGGACAUAAGUGUCGUAUUUGGUUGUCUUGUUUUCCUGACUGUUGUUUACAGGUGUUGAGCAAUUCUCUGCAUGACAUACCAAAAGUACCUUGUAUUUUGUAAAUAAUAUUUUUUGUAAUGUUUUAUAUAUAAUGUAGACAUGCAAGUCUUGUUUACAAGUCAAUUACUGAAUGUUUCAUUUAUUUUGACAUGCCAAUAAUUUAUGUCAUUGCAAUUACAAUACAAACAUCCUGUCUGUGCCACAGUGUCAGUUGAUAAAUUCUUUUAAAUGUGCUGUAACUGUACUAGAGUUUUUCUGACUGACAUGUUAUAUAUUUUUUCUACUUUAUUUUGUAAAUAAAUUUUUGUUUUCUUUGUCAUGUUUGGCUUAUUUUCUGAGCAUUUACAAUUAUUAUAAAUAAAAUCUUAUAAUAUU